AUGAACACCAUCAUCUCCCACAUGUCUCUGUGCCUGGAGAACUUUAGCACUCGGACAAAAAGCAGCAAACCCAAGGCAAACCACGGCCAAGCAGAGGUGAUAAGCCUGUUCCCCAUAGAGGAGAAAGCUCGAAGUGGUUGUUUCCCUUGCCACCCUUCCUCGUCUCGUUUCCAGCAGCUGGGCCAGCGCAUGCAGGACAUUACCGGUGACGGCGGGGUGCUAAAGGAGGUUGUCCACGUGGGCUCCGGAGAGCUGGUCGCCCGCGAUGCAUCUGUCUUAGUUAAAUAUUCUGGGUAUCUGGAAUACAUGGAUAAGCCCUUUGAGACAAACUGCUACAGGAGGUCUUCUAGACUGAUGAAACUUGGAAAAGGGAUUACGCUGUGGGGCAUGGAGAUUGGUCUGCUGACCAUGAAGAAAGGAGAGUUGGCGAGAUUCCUCUUCAUGCCACAUUAUGCCUAUGGGGCUCUGGGCUGUCUUCCAUUGAUUCCUCCUAAUGCCACAGUCUUGUUUGAGAUAGAAUUGUUGGACUUCCUUGAUUCAGCUGAAUCUGACACAUUCUUUGCUCUGACUGCUGGCCAACAAGAUACUAUCCCAUUACAAAAAGUGUUGAAAGUGGCAGAUACGGAGAGACAGUUUGGGAAUUACCUUUUCCGUCAGAAGCACUUCAUGGAUGCCAAAGAUAGAUAUAAAAGGGCAUCCUUGAUUCUGUGUCGCAGGCCACCCAGUAAGGGUGAGCGGAGCCAGAUUGAUGCUGCAAAGCUGCUGGUGUUCCUGAAUCUUUCAUUUACUUACCUAAAGCUGGAACAUCCUGCCCGAGCUCUGAUGUAUGGAGAAAAGGCCUUGGAGAUUGAUGAGAGAAAUGCUAAAGCACUAUUUAGAUGUGGUCAGGCUUGUCUUUCUAUGUCGGCGUAUGAAAAAGCUCGUGAUUUCUUGAUUAAAGCUCAAAAAGAGCAGCCCUUUAACCAUGAUAUUAACUGUGAACUGAAAAAACUGGCAAGCUCUUACAGAGAAUACAUGGAUAAAGAGAAAGAAAUGUGCUGCCGAAUGUUUGCUCACCUCCGCCUGCCUUCUGUGGAACCAAAAGUAAAG